UCUUCCGCCCAACAUUUUUAUCCAGCGACAAGCAGUCUUACUCGUCCACUCAAACCCACUAUAUUACUCUCCCUCUCUCCCCCUCUCUCUCCAUCUCUCUGUGCUUGUGAGGAAAAGAGCUUCUGCUUGAGCUUUCUUUCGAUGGCUCUUAUGCUAGAUAAUUGUGAAGGCAUUUUACUCUCUUUAGACUCCCACAAAUCAGUUCCAGCUCCAUUCCUCACAAAAACCUACCAACUAGUAGACGAUCCCGCCACAGACCACAUAGUUUCUUGGGGAGAAGACGAUACCACUUUCGUUGUUUGGCGGCCGCCUGAGUUCGCUCGAGACCUCCUCCCCAACUACUUCAAGCACAACAACUUCAGCAGUUUUGUCCGACAGCUCAACACCUAUGGUUUUCGAAAGAUCGUGCCGGACAGAUGGGAGUUUGCCAACGAGUUUUUCAAGAAGGGGGAGAAGCAUUUGCUGUGUGAGAUCCAUAGGAGGAAAACUGCUCAACCUCAAGUAGGCAUAAACGGCCAGCACCAUCAUCAUCACCACCCGCAUUCUCCACUUGGCGUCAAUGGCGGUCCGAGUUUCUUCCCCUUUCAAGGCCGACUGAGCAUCUCCCCCUCUGACUCGGACGAGCAAGCCAAUUGGUGUGACUCUCCCCCACUUUCUUCCCCGGGCGGAGGAGGCGGCGGAAUCUCUGUUGUUGGAGGUAACUACAACAGCUCGGUGACGGCGCUGUCGGAGGAUAAUGAAAGACUCAGGCGAAGCAACUCCAUGCUGAUCUCUGAGCUCGCACACAUGAGGAAGCUUUACAAUGAUAUCAUUUAUUUCGUACAAAACCAUGUAAAGCCUGUGGCACCAAGCAAUUCUUACCCUUCAUCUCUACUUCUCUGCAACCCACCCGCGACUGCAACUCCUCUUACUUCUAAUAGUCCUAUACUGCAAAAACCUUUAAACCAGAUUCUCGGGUACUAUCCUACUAACCCUAAGCAAGCCCCUCACACCCAUUCUUUGAACUCGCCAAGCUCUACAAAGAACUCCAUGACAAUUCUUGAAGAAUGCAAUAACAAUGGCUGCAAGACAAAGUUGUUUGGAGUGCCUCUUCAAUCGAAGAAAAGAUUGCACCCUGAGUACUGUGCUAAUCCAACGAACAUGGAAACUAGCAAGGCUCGUUUGGUCUUGGAAAAGAAUGACUUAGGCUUCAAUCUCAUGCCUCCUUCAACAUGUUAGUUUCCUCGAAUCGAUUUAAGAAUCUAGGAUCCUAGCUUUUUCACUUUCUUUUUCCACCCUUUAUUUGUUUUUCCUAUUUUUCUUGUUUCUCUUUUUCUUUUUCAUCUUUUUUAGCACUCCGAAAGUCUGAUGAUAUUAAUAUUCGAUGAUAUGUGUGUGCGUGCGUGUGGGUUUUUGUGAGUGAGUCUGUGUAUAUAUAACUUUAGUGUCGGUAUUAUCUUUGUUCCCCCGGCCUCAACCAUGAAUGCAGGUGGGUUUUGGUUAGAGUGAAGCUGAUUAUAUAGCAAAGUUUGAAAAUCACCAAUGCCAUGUUUUAUUUUGAGCA